CACUGUAUUUAGCAAAUAUUUGAAAGAUCAGUACGAUAUGGAGUAAAAGUGUUUUUUUAAUAUUUAACUCGUUUAAAUGAAAUUUGUUUUAUUAUAUGUGGAAUAUAUUUGAAUGUGACAAAAGGAUAAUGAGUCACGGCAGUUCAGCAAGUAAAGUUGGAGAGAUAUUCACCGCAGCUGGAGCAGCAUUCACAAAAUUAGGAGAAUUGACUAUGCAAUUGCAUCCUGUAUCCGAAUCUUCUCAAUCAGGAGGAAAAUGGACUGACGAAGAGAUUGAAAUGUUGAGAGUUGCAGUGAAAAGAUUUGGUGAUGAUUUAAAUAAAAUCAGUAGUUUUAUUAAAAACAGAACUAUUAAUCAAAUAAAAAAUAGCAUGAAGAGAAAAACAUUUGAAGAAGCUGGUGUACCUGUUAGAAAAUCAGUAGCUACAAUCAAAACGUCACAAGAACAAUCACGAACUCUGACAUCAUCCACAAAAUCUGUUGAGAUGACCCUUAAUAUGUUAAAUGCCACUGAACCAGAAGUAGAUGUGGAAAGUUUGGGAGCUUCGUCAAAAUUAGAUUAUGAUAGUUCAUCUGAGGCACCUUGAACUAAAAAAACAAUAAGUUUUUGCAUUUGUUAUCUGAAUGCAUUGAAUGAUAGGAAGACUAUUAAUAUGGAUAAAUCUGUCAAUUGUAUCAGAUUUAAAUUUGAUUAUAAAUUGGAGAAUAAAACUGGUGUGACAAAUUUUAAAUUUUUUAUUUCUGAUGAUUGUUUCUAUUUUUGUUUGAAACAUUUUUUAAUGUUUCUUUGUACAAAUUAAAUUGUAAUAAAACCUUAAGUGUAUUUAUCAAGUGCGAAUUACUACAGUGAAACCUUGUUUAUCCAGCUUAAACAGGGCUGGACCUAACUGGAUGGCCAACAAUCCAAAACAUUUGUUAAUUAAUAUGUAUAUAUUAUAUAUAUGUUACAGUGAAUGUGAAAUUAAUAGUUCAUUUUAAAACAAAUUUACAUUCGAUGAUAUACUCUUGCUAGUGAGUUUGUUAACCUUUAUCAGCUGAAAUCGUGAAAAGUAAAUUUAAAAUAAAACGAAAAAAAUCUUUUAAUUAAUGUUUUUAUUUAUUGCAGCAUGUCAGAGUUAUGAUAUUUAGAAGUGUAUAUAGUGCCAUUCUUGCAUUUACUUUUAUAGUCUAAUAUUUCAAAAUUCAAGAACAUUUGAAAAAGCCUUAUCCUUAUUGCAAGAUUGGGCAGAUGUAAUCAUCCUUAAAGCAAUAGUUAUGUCUAAGGAAUUUCACAUUCAGCAAUUAAUUUUUCAGGACAAGCCAAAAAUUGAGAUCUUGUGAAUACUAUAGUACAGAUUCACUGGUUACUUUAGUGAAAGUGUAUAUUCACUGAUCAUUGCUUUCACUGUAACAUAUACAUUUUAUUUUAUUUUUCUAAUUUCAUCAUCAUAACAACAACUUUCUUUUAGAUGUCAUAUUCAUGGUGUUUACUUCACAAAAGAUUGAAGGUAGCUAAAACUCAGAAAAACAGUAGUAGCUAUGAGUGUUGAGUGAAUAAUAACUCAUGAGGUUACAAAUGAUAAACUUAUUAACAUAUUGAUUGCCAUGAGAAGCACAUUUUUAUUCAACAUGAAAGUAGAAAUUUUUUAUAAUGAGAUUGGAGGGGACAAGUCCCCAGAUGAAAGGUGAUGACACAGAAGGAGAUGAAGAGUGAGUUUGUUCAUUCAUCACACUGGUGACCCUUCACCAUAGUGCCACUGCUGCUGAUCUUAGUUUCCUGACUGUGCUGAUCCCUCACAACUCCACCUAGAAGAACAGUAAUUCCCUACUGUGGGUAU